AUGGAAAAAGCGUCACAUCUAUCCGUAAUAGUGGAUCUAUCGCCAACGCAAUGGCACCUCUCUGCACAAGCAUCAAACCAGUAUCCACUUUCCAUCGAGACGUUCCUCUCUCAGCUCCUCGCAUUCCUGAACGCGCACAUCGCAUCCAAGCAUGAGAACUCACUUGUGGUAUUUGGCGCUCUUCCCGGGAAGAGUGUGAUGCUUUAUUCAUCGACGGAGCUGCUCACGGAUGACGUGCCCUCUUUGGAUGCCAACUCGUAUCUGCCGUUCAAGCUUGUGGAUUCGACAGUCGUGCAGCGGAUCAUGAACGAGUUCGAUGCUAUUGGAAAGCUUGAGGAGGAACCUCCAUGUGCAUUGGUAGGCGCUGUGACGAAGGCCCUUUGUUACAUCAAUCGCAUCAUUCAUCCCUCAUCAGCGACGACCGGUGUCGCAGAGGACCCGUCGAUCGUCCACGACCCUCGCAUUUUGAUCCUAUCGGUCUCCCCUGAUCUGUCUUCUUCAUACAUCCCGAUUAUGAACGCUAUCUUCUCCGCACAAAAACUGGCAUGUCACUCCCUUCAGCAGUAUAUUAAGGUGACAAUCGAUGUGUGCAAGGUAUAUGGGCCCGACACAGUAUUUUUGCAGCAAGCAGCCCACCUGACGAACGGGUCCUACAUUUACCUCGAACGCAGAGAUGCGCUCUUGCAAUACCUGCUUAUGUCCUUCCUAUCGCCACCAUCCAUCCGCAAGAUUCUAGCUGUACCAAAGCAAGACAAGAUUGACUUCCGCGCUGCAUGCUUCUGCCACAAGAACAUUGUAGAUAUCGGUUUUGUCUGUUCCGUUUGUUUAUCUAGUGCGCAUUUUCAUUAUUGCUCAGUUGCCUGUGAUUUUGCAGUUUUCUGCCAACCACUCCCGGUGUGCUCAACAUGCCGGUUAGUUAUCCUCGUUCGCCGGCUGCCUACUUUGACCUAA